GUGGGUUCCAAGGAAGACAGAAAAGGCCUUCCCUGGCAAAAGCAAGUCUAUCUUAAAGUUCUCUGAGGAGAGCUGCGUCUGGGCUUCACUGCCGACGAGUCAGUCCCCUUCAGAGAGGAGACCAACCUCUUUCUUAUUUUUCCCUUCCAUGAGGUUUCUUUUCCUCUAAGUCCCAGGCCCUGUUUGGAGAACAGAACAUGGAUUACACCACUCUGUGACCUUCCUGUUCCGGUCCCGGACGUGUCUGUCCACACCCCAGGAGCAUGGGGGGCAACCAGACAUGGAUCACAGAAGUCACCCUGCUGGGGUUCCAGGUCGAGGCAGCUCUGGAGUUUGUCCUCUUCGGACUCUUCUCUCUGUUCUAUGCCCUCACCCUUCUGGGGAAUGGCGUCAUCCUGGGUCUUGUCUGCUUAGACUGUAGACUGCACAGCCCCAUGUACUUCUUCCUCUCCCACCUGGCUGUCAUCGACAUGUCCUAUGCUUCCAACAAUGUCCCCAAGAUGCUGGCAAACUUAGUGAGCCGGAACAGAACCAUCUCCUUCGUCCCUUGCCUUAUGCAGACUUAUUUGUAUCUGGCCUUUGCUCACGCAGAGUGCCUGAUUUUGGUGGUGAUGUCCUAUGAUCGGUACGUGGCCAUCUGCCACCCCCUCCAUUACUCUGUCAUCAUGAGCUGGAGAGUGUGCACGGUCCUGGCUGCCACGUCCUGGGUGUUCAGCUGCCUCCUGGCUCUGGUCCAUUUGGUUCUCAUCCUGAGGCUGCCCUUCUGUGGGCCUCAUGAAGUCAACCACUUCUUCUGUGAGAUCCUGUCUGUCCUCAGGCUGGCCUGUGCUGACACUGGGCUCAACCAGCUUGUCAUCUUUGCUGCCUGUGUGUUUAUCUUAGUGGGGCCCCUGUGCUUGGUGCUGGUCUCCUACACGCGCAUCCUCUUUGCUGUCCUGAGGAUCCAGUCUAGGGAGGGCCGCAGGAAGGCCUUCUCCACCUGCUCCUCCCACCUCAGCGUGGUUGGGCUCUUCUUCGGCAGCGCCAUCGUCAUGUACAUGGCCCCCAAGUCCAGCCAUCCUGAGGAGCAGCAGAAGGUCCUUUCCCUGUUUUACAGCCUUUUCAACCCCAUGCUGAACCCGCUGAUCUACAGCCUGAGGAAUGCAGAGGUCAAGGGUGCCCUAAGGAGAGUACUGUGCAAGGAGGGACCAACUUGAGGGACAUCAGACAGCAACAUGGGGCUGAGGGCCUUUGCUCCCUGUGAAAUAUGGCGGGAAGCAUUUCCUGCCUCAUGCUAUAAUAGAUGUCACAUUAAAAUAGACUAUUAGAGGCUUAAACCAGUCACCUGAAUUCAUAGAUACUUUUGACAAUAAAAUAGUUGGAUAUCUCCAUGACCUUGGGUGGGCAAAGAUUCUCAGAGAUUAUCCAGAAAUGCAAGGCAUAAAUUUUGAAAACUUGAUAAAUUUGGAACCUUUCAAAAAUUCAUCAUUCUGCUCAUCUAAGUCACUAUUAAGAAAAAAGAAAUGCAAGUCACAAACCAUGUGUGUUACAUACACAUUUUAAAUGAGAUGCUCAGUCAAGUGCAGCCACAAGAGGAGACACAGCAGAGGCUGAGGGAAGAACAAAGUUUAUCAUUUCCACAGGUCCUAGA